CGGGGCAGCCUCUACGUCUCCGCAUCUUGAUUGGAUCAUCGCGAAGUUUUAUGCGUCGCACGGCUGAUGACGUUCAAUUCAUCCGCUGCAUGUUUUUGUGCCCCGAAUGACAUGCGAAGUUAUCAGGAAGAGUUGAGAAGAUGACUGAAAUCGAAACUGACACCCCAAGCAACAAGGUGAAAGAAGAUGAGAGUACUGAUUUGAGGAAGGACCGUGAAAAAAAGAAACGGUCCCGUGUAAAACAGUUGCUUGCCGACAUUGCUAAGCAAGUGGAUUUCUGGUUUGGUGAUAUCAAUCUGCAUAAGGAUCGAUUUCUGAGGGAACAGAUUGAGAAGACCAGAGAUGGCUACAUCGAUAUAUCAUUACUGGCCUCAUUUAACAAGAUGAAAAAAAUAACUACAGAUUCGAAGCUAAUCGCAAGAGCAGUAAAGAAUUCAUCUGUUGUGGAACUAAAUUUGAACGGUACAAAAAUAAGGAGACGUUUACCUCUUGGAGAGAAACCACAGGACGUGGACAGUCGCACAGUGUAUGCGGAACUGCUACCCAAAAAUGUUAACCACAGCUGGAUUGAGCGGGUGUUUGGUAAAUGUGGCACGGUAGCCUAUAUUAGCAUCCCACGAUACAAAUCCACAGGAGAUCCUAAAGGAUUUGCAUUUAUAGAGUUUGAGACUCAAGAACAAGCGGCUAAAGCUAUAGAGGUUUUAAAUAAUCCACCUGAAGAAGCACCAAGAAAAGCAGGGAUGUUUCCUAAAACAAUGAAAAAUAAAGCCCUUCCACCGGUCAGCAUAACGGAAGGUAACAUACCAGAGGGCUGUGGAACUGAAGAAAAGGAAAAGAAAAAGAAGAAGAAAAAGAAAUCCAAGGCAAGAAAAGACAAUGGUGAAAAGGCAGAGGAGGAAAAUAAAGAGCAAGAUAUGGACAUCGUUUCUGAAGGUGGUCCUAAGAGACGCAGGACUGUAUCUGAGUGCUCAGUACCUGAUGUACAGGAAGCUGAUAAGCAGACUGCCAAGAAGGAGAAAAAGAAAAAAGAAAGAGCAGAGAGCUUUGAUCAGUCUGAAAAAAGGCAAGGUAAAAGAAAGCGUAGCAGUUCAGAGGAACAGGACUCCUCUUCUGCUAAGCAGAAGAAAAGUGAAAAUAAAGAACUGUCUCAGGAUGAGAAGCCAACAUCAACUCAAGAAGUAUUACAAGAAUGUAAAGAGGUCUCUACAGAAGAAGAGAAGGAUGCAGCAGAUAAGAAAGAAAUGUCUGUGCCAAAAAUGAAGAGGAAGCGGACGAGGAAGCAUAAAGAAAGACACAGAGUUGGAGAAGAGGUUAUACCUCUGAGAGUACUUUCAAAGGCAGAAUGGUUGGGCUUGAAGGCUGAAUAUUUAACACUGCAGCGAACCAGCAUGGCCACUCUCAAGAAAUCAAUGAAUGAAAUGUGUCGUAUCUCUGAGGAGGAAAUGCAAGGCCUUGAUAUUAAUAAUGGAAAAGUGGAGACUGUGAAGAAUGAGCCACUGGGACCACAGUUUGUGAGUGGUGUUAUAGGGAAGAUCACAAGUUCAGAUCCUCUUCAGGGACGCAAAUAUGUUAAGGAUGCAUUUUCGGGAGUGUGUGAGGUGGUAUAUGUGGACAUGCUGGAGGGUGAUACAGAGUGCCAUGUUCGGUUUAAAUCUCCGGAAGAUGCUCAGACUGCAUUAAAAGCUCGCUCUGAUCUGCAAGGCAAACACAACUGGAAGCUACAAAUUCUCUCAGGGGAUAAUGAGCAACGGUAUUGGCAGAAGAUUUUGGUAGAUAGGCAAGCAAAGCUUAACCGUCCCCGGGAAAAGAAACGUGGCACUGAAAAGCUGGUAGCCAAAGCAGAGAAGAUGAGACUGGCUAAGGCACAGGAGGCAAGCAAACACAUACGAUUCGGUGAUGGCGUCUGAAAAUGCAGGGAUUGUACUUUCAUUGUUUUUUUUAUUUUUUUCGUUUAUGUUUCUGCUUAUGUUUUUGUCAUGCUAAAUAUUCCUGCUGAUUGAUGCUUAUAUCAGGCUCAUAAGGGCUCCAUAUUGGAGUUUCUCAUGGAGAUGGAGUUAUCAGGCCUGCUCAAAAUUACAAUCGGUGACAAAAACAAAUCUGAUUAUAUGUAUGACAACCUGCUUUCUACCAGCUGUUGCUGACAAUUGCUCCUAAUAUCCCUCUGUCUUUUUUAGCUUUUAGAACAGCUGGAAGGCUGCACGUUGUGCUUCCUUAUACAGCAGAUUUUAAAUGGUUUAUGUUGACUUUUUGUUACGAGUCAUAAGCACAGGCUUACAUUUAAAGGGAAUUACAUUUAAUAAAAAAAAUCACCUAUAAGGUUUAAAAAUUGUGUUUGUUUUUUCAUUAAGGGAAGAGACACACGCUGCUAUUUCGGGAGAUUAGACGCCCAGUGACAAAUCGUGUCUUCUUCGGGCGACUAAUCUCCUCGAACUGCAUUCCCACUGGCUGGAAUGUAAUCGCUGGCGGGACGGCACUCGGAACACUUCGUUUUCCGAAAGCCAAAGCGAUCCGAAUACCAUCCCGCCGGCAAUUUAUAUUCUAGCCAGUUCGGGAAAAUUAGUCGCCCGAAGAAGAAUCAAUUUGUCGAUGGGUGACUAAUCUCCCGAAAUAGCAGCGUGUGUGUCUGCCCUUAAAAGAUGCAAAUUUUAUUCUGUGAUUUCCUUUUAGGGAAAGUACACACUGGACUAUUUUAGGCAGCGAAACCUAAAAACACAGUAAAGCUUAUAUUGCCUGACAAACAGUUUUUGGUCAAAUCUGUGGUGGGCUGUUUAGGUGAUUUUGUGCCCUGUUUUUUAGACUACAUCAAAAAUGAAAUUUGAUUUAGCUCCUUGUGCGAUUACUCUAAAUACCCAGUGGUUUUAUUUCCUCUAUUGCAAAGAUUUCUUACAUCGCACCUACAUGCAGCCCUCCAGCAGUUGCGCUACAAGUGCAGUCUGACUGAAGUGAUGGGACUAUGCAGAGGUUUAGCCUUUUUCCAGGAGGGAAGUAGAAACAUGAGUACCUGAAAUAUGCUUCCCUUUUUACGUAACCUUUUCACCAAUAAAACCUAAUUGCCAUCGAAUACAUGUUUCUUUUAUUUUUCUAUUUUGCAUUCACAGAUAAACCUGUUUAUGUUCAUGACAUGAUCCUUUGAGCCUGUGACAAAGAAAACUAGUCAUAUGAAAAAGUUUGGGAACCCCUCUUAAUUCUUUGGAGUUUUGUUUAUCAUUGGCUGAGCUUUCAAAGUAGCAACUUCCUUUUAAUAUAUAAUAUGCCUUAUGGAAACAGUAGUAUUUCAUCAGUGACAUAACGUUUAUUGGAUUAACAGAAAAUAUGCAAUAUACAUCAUAACAAAAUUAGACAGGUGCAUAAAUUUGGGCUGUUCAGUUAAAUUUGAUGGCUGCCGAGCAAGGACAGUCUGCUUCAAAUCAUCCCAUAGAUUUUCGAUGAUAUUUAAGACUGGGGACUGUGACCAUUGCAGAAUAUUGUACUUCUCCCUCUGCAUAAAUGCCUUUGUAGACUUCGAAGUGUGUUUAAGGUCUUGUUGGAAUAUCCAACCCCUGCGUAACUUCAACUUUGUGACUGAUGCUUGAACAUUAUCCUGAAGAAUUUGCUGAUAUUGGGUUGAAUUCAUCCGACCCUCGACUUUAACAAGGGCCCCAGUCCGUGAACUUGCCACACAGUCCCACAGCAUGAUGGAACCUCCACUACAUUUGACAGUAGGAAUGCUGCCGUUCUUCCGCCAUGCAAACUUUUUUUGUUAUGACCAAAUAACUCCAUUUUUCUCGUCAGUCCAAAGCACUUUGUUCCAAAAUGACUGUGACUUGUCUAAAUGAGCUUUUACAUACAACAAGCGACUCUGUUUGUGGCAUGAGUGCAGAAAGGGCUUCUUUCUCAUCACCCUGCCAUACAGAUGUUCUUUGUGCAAAUUGUGCUGAAUUGUAGAACGAUGUACAGAUACACCAUCUGCAGCAAGAUGUUCUUGUAGGUCUUUGGAGGUGAUCUUUGGGUUGUUUGUAACCAUUCUUACAAUCUUUCGCAUAUGUUUUACAGCAACUGUGCCUGUGGCCUUCCAUUUCCUGAUUACAUUCCUUACAGUUAAAACUGACAGUUUAAACCUCUGCUUUUUGUAGCCUUCCCCCUAAACCAUGAUACUGAACAAUCUUUGUUUUCAGAUCUUUUCAGAGUUGCUUUGAGGAUCCCAUGCUGUCUCUCUUCAGAGGAGAGUGUUGCCAGUAAUCAGUAUUGAGCAGUUACAUGCAUUCAAAUUAGCAAAAUUACAAGGGUACCCAAAUUUUUGCACAGCCAGUUUUUCACAUUUGAUUUAAUGUUUUAAACACCCCAGUACUCAGAUGUUCUUGCGAAAUUAAAGACAUACCACUGUUAUCUUUUUUGUUGAAAGUGGACUAAAUUAUUAUGCAGGCGGAGAGGGGUUCCCAAACUUUUUCAUAUGACUGUAAGAUGUGCUCUCCUAACCCUACCCUUCCUAUCUGUUUAGGUGUGAAUCAAAGAUUUUGGUUUCUUUUUAUCCUUCUAGCCAAGUAAAGAAAAAUAUUAUUUGGUUUUGUUAAUGGUUUUGUUAAUUAUUUUGUAUCAGAAAUUGAAUAUGUUGUUCAGCUAACAUGUUUCCUAUAAAAAAUAAAGUUCUUUACAUGGUA